AUGCUUACGGUUCCGGCCGAUUCCAGACGAACGCGUCCUGGUUCACCGCGUCCAAGAGCACGAAAUCGUGCAACACUUGUGGCCUUAACUCCAGCUGUUAAAAUACGGACACAUGACAUGUUAACACCGGCAGAAAGAAGAUUCUUAGAAGCUGCAGAAAUGGGCGAUCGUCCAACAAUAGCAUCUUGUUUAGAACAGAAAAGCGUAACACCACUAAACAUAAACGCUGUCGACAGUAUGGGACGUACGGCAAUUGAAAUUGCAGUGGAUAAUGAAAAUAAUGAAAUUGUGGAAUUACUGCUACAACAACCGGACAUCCGUAUUGGAAAUGCUUUACUUUGUGCAAUUCGUGAAGGUGUUUAUAAAACCGUUGAAAUGUUGGUUAAUCAUCCAAGUAUCAACAAAUCAAUGUUAGGCGAGGGUUGGGCAAAUUAUAUUGAAUCAUGUGAUACAACUUCUGCAGAAUAUUCCAGUGAUAUUUCUCCAGUGAUAUUGGCUGCUCAUCUAAAUCACCCCGAUCCAAUAUUAAGCGCCUUUAGACUGAGUUGGGAACUUCAAAAGCUCUCAAAAAUUGAGCACGAAUUUAUGGACCGUUAUGUUCAGCUAUCAGAACAAUGUACUCAGUAUGCAUGCGAUUUGUUGGAACAGUGUCGAAGCACAGAGGAAGUAAUUGGUGUUUUGAACAAAGAUCAGUCACAAAGCAGUCAAAACGAAGAUGUUUGGUCAUCAAAGCUAAGUUUAUCACGACUUAAGCUUGCUAUCAAGUAUGUACAAAAAAAGUUUCCGCGGGUCACAGUGCCUAAGAGUCGAAUAGGUGGAAUAGUAAGAUCACCGUUUAUGAAAUUUUUGUACUAUGCAAUAUCAUUUGGGUGCUUUUUGGCUUUGUUAACAUUGGCUACAUUUGAAUCAUAUCGUUACGAGAAAGGUGAGGUAAAAGGCGGAGGUAAAACUCGAGCAUCAGAUCGUGGUCCUCAGCCGACGGUUAUCGAAACAUUAGUUCUUAUAUGGCUGUAUUGUACUCCAGGAAUGCUGUGGUCGGAAGUUAAGCAAUUGUGGGAUGAGGGUUUAAAGCGAUAUAUAAAACAAUGGUGGAACUGGCUUGAUUUUAUUAUGAUGUGCCUGUAUCUUAGUACUAUUUCAGUUAGGGCAAGCGCAUACUACAUCUACAGUUAUACCGACGACGCCACAGUUGAGAGGUACGCUACUCGAACCGUAUGGGAUCCGUAUGAACCUGUUUUGGUCGCUGAAGCAUUGUUUGCUGUUGGAAACAUUUUUAGUUUUGCUCGUAUUAACUAUUUAUUUCAAACAAACCCCUAUCUUGGACCACUUCAGAUUUCACUGGGCAGUAUGCUUGUCGACGUUGCAAAAUUUUGCUUCAUAUUUGUCUUGAUCAUUAGUAGCUUUUCAAUUGGUCUUGCUCAACUUUACUGGUAUUAUGCACCCUAUCAGGCGGUAACACAUAAUAGUUGUCCACAGGAACAAAAUACUUUUUCGAGUAUUGCGCAUUCUUAUAUCACUCUUCUUUGGUCGCUUUUCUCGAUUACCAAAGUUGAGGAUACAGAAGUGGUAGAAAAUCAUUCAUUAACUGAAUCUGUUGGAAGUGGAAUGUUUCUGACGUAUCAUAUGAUAGCGAUCAUCGUCUUGCUGAAUAUGCUCAUCGCUAUGAUGUCACACUCAUUUCAGCAGAUUAAUGAUGCAGCCGAUUUGGAAUGGAAAUUUCAUCGUACAAAAUUAUGGAUGGCAUAUUUUGACGAAGGUUCAAGUCUUCCGCCACCAUUUAAUUUAAUUAUAACACCAAAAUCGAUCUACUACUUCAUUAUUUUUAUGUGUAAUACAGUUAGAUGGCUUUUCGGCAAGUAUAACUACACAAAUCACCUGAAAAGAGGAACAAUUCGGCGGCCAGGUUAUAGUCGAAAAGUGAAAGAAAAGACUUAUGAAGACAGUAUUUUAUACGGGCAACAACGGCUUACCUAUGCAGAUAUCAUUAGACGAUUGGUUUCACGGUUUAUACAUCAAACGAAAAAAGUUAUCAAAACAGACGGAGUUACCGAAGAUGAUUUACUUGAAAUUAAGCAAGAAAUACGGAGUUUACGCUACGAAUUGCGCGAUGAUCGUCAGAAAGAAACAGUAAGGUCGUCCAGUCAUAUUGACGCUAUCAAGCGGGACAUCAUAAGACGGAUGUCAUCUAGCGUAUUCUCCAAAAGAUCUCGAUGUAGCACCAAUGACUUAGACAGCUCAGCAGAGGAAGACGAAGUGCCUGACAGCUAUGAUGAUCCUGACACCAAUUUCAAAACUGAAGCAUCUUCUGCAGAAGAAGAUGAACCAUCUUCAAACGAACAAGAACAAAAAAAUUUUAGUGAUUUUCACAGAUGUUCGUAUACCGCUGUAACCAGCAGUCAGUCGCAGUUAUAUCAGCCAGCUGGAGAAUCGGCUGAUUACGAAGUACAAACCAACUGCCCAGAACAAACUGCAAUAACUUGUAAAACACUUGCUCCAAUUCCGCAGGCAAAAGCUACUUUCUUCAAUGGUCUCUCCGUAGACAGUUUGAAGGAGCUUAAAAACGAUUUAAACCAAAAAUUUGACGAUUUCAUAGCUCAAGUCUCGGGAACUUGUACAACACGACAACAGCAAGCGUUCAGAAGAAAAGCUAACUCUCUCCUUCAAAGAGGAUCAAAGUUGUCCAAAAGAAGAACGUCGACACCCGCUUCUAGCCGUGUAGCUUUUCAAGAACCAUUCCCAAUGCCAGAUUUAUAG